AAAAUUAAAACCAUAAGUGUUUUCUUUGCUCCUCUCACUAUGGACGAAGUAGUGGAUACGGCUAUUAAACUUACUGAACUUAGAAUACCAAAAACAGAGGUUUUGAUAACAAUUGUAAACGAAAGUAAAUACGCGCUCACAAAC